AAACCCUGGCUACAUACUGGCGGUGCACUCUCAUAGUUAAAGUUGAUUUUAAUGUCUUAAUAUGCUCGGUCCGGAUGUGCUUUUUAAGUGUUUGUAGUUGGUGGAAAGCUGAAUUACGAUUACAUAUCUGGUUGGAGACAAUGGAAGACGAACAUGAUACGAACAAGAGGACGGUAUCUUGUCUGCCUGGUAUGCCGGCAUUGCCUCGUGAAACAGGAACAAGGAACAAGGUACGUGUUCCAAGUUCGAAACUCAAUCUUUGUACUAGAAGAGCAAGUAUUAAUUCGGAUUUGACGAGGCGGUCGAAAAACAGUCGGGAUCGACGUCUUGUUACAUACUUGCAGAUUCCAGAGCACUUCCCUGCUUUGUCGAUCAGGCUAUCGGAAGUACUCGAUGGUAUUGGAGCGGGGAAAUUCACCGUAAUGGAGAGGAGAGAAACAUAUUUGCUGAGGGAGAGAAUGGAGACAAUAGCAGGGCAACUAAGUGGAGUUACAGUUGAGUGUUUUCAUUUUGGGAGUCAAUCAGAAGGUACCACCACUCCUGGUCUCAAUUCUGAUAUCGAUAUGCUACAAAGUUAUUACCAUACAAACAUAAUGACAGACUGGAGAGACUGGAAGGCUGGGCUGCAUAACCUUCUGAUGCUUCAUGACGACCACACUCCGCCGCAACAAUACUUGCUUCAGGUCAUCAGUGAAGACACACCGGAGCCGGAGACACGACUGUGUGAUGAAAGGUAUGUGCGGAAAGAUUCUGGGCAAGUACUGUUUAGCUCAGAACAAUGGAAAAAGGAAACAGAGCAGAUGCAUAAAGUAGUUAAAGAUGAUGUAGAGAUAACAAAACAUGGACCUUCGUUUGUUAGAGAAGAAGCAUACUGCGCUCCAUACAUACUGUGGUUUGAAAUGAAGCGCAACAUGACUGAAGAAGUUUCGCAGAGACGUAUCGUUGGAAAACAAUGGAUGGACUACGCUGAGGUGGCUGCUCGUCCUUUCCUACGCUAUCUACAGUAUCUCACGUAUGGAGGACUCGUUUGUUCAGAGUAA